GGAGAAUCACUUUUUUUUUUUUUUUUUUAAAUUGGUUUAUCUAUUUUCUAGAAUUUUUGGAUUUCAAAACCGUAGCAAUUGCAAGAGGUCAAGGAACUUUUCUAAUAUUGAAAUACUUUUUGAAGAGAACACACAUUUUAAUAGUUUUCUGGAAACCCAUAUUUUCUAUUUUAUUUUUUAACAGCUGACUGAAAGGAUAUCAAUAGUGAUUUGUGUGAAUGGGAUGAAUGGGCACACAAUCUCACAAUCCUCCUCCCAAUAGGUUAUUAAAAUAUUUUCUGUGAACUGGGACGCUUUUUUAUUUUUUUAUUACAUUUUUUGAAUACGCAUUAAUCUGAUAAUGUACAUUAACUAUCCCCCGGGUAUUAGACAUUAACAAAUUUAGAUUGCAGAUAAAGGUUAUAAAUUCAAAUUUGUCAGAGAAUAUUGUCCACUUAAGCUUUUGCUGUGGGCCCAGUUAGUUUGUUUUAAAGGAGUAUUUCACAAUUUUUCAAGUUAAAGGUUUCCUCAAAUUUAAGUAGGCUAUGGGCCAAGAGUCUUAUCAAAGGCAAAUUGUUCUGCCAUUAUGAACUUCAGCUAACUUUAGCCAUGUUAGCUGAAAGUAAUGGCUGCUUGUGAGUGUGUAAAAAAGUAAUAAGAAAUCCACUGAGUUCAUAUUGAUUUUAAUAUUAUUGAUUUAGUGUUUAAAAAAAGCAAUAUAUUUAUAGUGAGUUGAAGAUCCAUUUAACUUGUUGUGAAAUGUUCAUUUAAGUCUGGCUAUGCCUGACAAGCUAACAGGCACGUAUUCUUGUUAGGCGUUCUGAAUAGUCGAGUGUGCCCAGUGUUAAAGAAGUGGAUGGAGUCGAGGCUGGGCUGUGCUUUUCCUCUUCCAUUCCAUCCCUUUCCCCUCAUAGUCCUCAACUCUAAAAUACUAUUUUCCACAAUGGGACCACAUUGAAAUCCAGCUCUUACAUUCUCCAUCUUCCACACCUAUUACCUAUUGACCAUUGCCACAUGUUGGCAGGUGAAAUCUGCUCUUCCCUCUCAUCUUGAUGCAUUCCUCCCCUGUUUGAACAAGGAAAAAACAAAUCAAUGAAUUAACUGCAUUGGCCAAUUAAUAUCGUGUGCCACUGAAGCUAUGAGAUCGGUCUCCGUUCUGUAUGGGAUGCUUUGUAUUGACUUUUGGAAAAAAUGUACCUAAAGAUAUCUUACCAUGUUUGAGACUGGGAUAGGGAGCUGGGUGCCUGGAUUCCACAGCCGCCCCUAUCCCAGCCUCGUGUUUAUAACGAUGUAGCCUGAUUGGAGGCUCGGCCAGUGGGCUUAAGUUGUGACAGGCAUCCACGUUGUUUACCCGUCUACCGUGUGUCAACGAGGCUGCCGUUGCCUAGGUUUCCUUCCCAGUAUUUUAUUUUUUAUUUUUAAAUAGUAACAUGGAAAUAAAUAAAAAAAAGUGAAAAAAAACCAAGGUUUGCCGUUUAGUGAUUUCUUUCUGUUUCAGUUUUUUAUUCACCUCACAGUUCCCUACUUUAUAAAAUAAAUAUUUUUGCUGCAGUUCAUAGGUUUUGUUUAAUAGAGACUUAAUCACUGGAUGUCUUCAAAUGGGAUGUAUGCCCUGUAAUAUCUUUCAACGGUCAGUAGAGGGCAUAACAUAAAUGUUCCACAUAAUGCUUGUGGUAAGAGCUUUGGCCAUAUCCUUCAAUGAAUAGUUACGUAUCAGUAUAUUUUCAUGGUGUUUUAUUAAGACAUAAGUGUGGAUGGAUAUCUAGAUACAAAUUAAACAUUUUCUAUAAAAGGUCUUUGCAGAGAUAUGACAUGAAGGGAUUUGAAAUGCAUUGGCUUUUCAAUUUGUUAGGGGCUGCCUGAAAUGCUGCAUUGUGUGGACUUCUCAGGGGCAUUUGUAGUCUACCAAGGACAUAUCCAAAAAUCAUUAUAGUUCCUCUAUAUGCUCUAGAUAUCUGAUAUUAUCUGUUAUAGAAGCCAUCGCCUAUAAGUGCAGUACUAACACAAAACGCAAUGUUGCAUGGUAACAUCUGGUUGGUUGGUUGUGGGGGGGUGUUGGGGAUUAGGUCUUGUCUACAUACAAUGACAGAGGGGGAACAUGAUAAGGACACAUGAAUGAGAUGAGGACACGGCAGUUGGUUACUGAAGAGCGUUGCCAUUUGAACAAUUUGAAAUUGGACGCAGGUAUUUCUCAGAUUUUCAGAAACGUCAGUCCCAGCAUCCCCAGGUGCACAUCUUUGCAUUCAACAUGUUCCUUCCGGCUCUGCUGCUGCUGGCUCUGUCUCCAGUGGAAGGUUCGAAAGAGUGCCCUGACUACUGCCUCUGUUAUGAACACUCCGAUCUGGUGGACUGCAGAGCGCGCGGGUUCCUUCAAGUGCCGUUUGACCUCCCCGAUGGCACCUGGCUCCUGGACCUGGGUGGAAACGCGCUGACCGAAGUGCAGAGCCGUGCCUUUGCCGGUCUGUGGUCACUGCGCGUCCUGGUGCUCUCCGAUAGUGGGAUUCAGCAGCUGCACCCUGACGCCUUUUACUCCCUCUCCUUUCUGGAGAAGCUGGACUUAAGCCACAACAAUCUGCAUCGGCUGCCCUCGGAUUUCUCCGACAGUUUGAGCUCACUCCGAGAGCUGCGGCUGGACCACAACGCCCUGGAGCGGCUCAACAGCCUGGAGCACCUGGAGAGUCUGGAGAAGCUGGACCUCAGCCACAACAACAUCACUUUCCUGCAGUCGGGGGCUUUCCGGGGCCUGUCCCGCCUGCGCCACCUGUACCUCCAGGCCAACCGCCUGGGGGCCGUGCGCCGUGGUUCCAUGUCCAUGCUGUCCACUCUGGAGGCCCUGCAGCUUGGCCAGAACAACAUCUCUCAAAUUGACACGGAGGCCCUGACUCCCUUGACGAGCCUCAACCUGCUGGCCCUGGAGGACAACCAGCUGCGGCAACUUAAGUUCAAGACCUUCCUGAGUCUCCACACCGCCGGCACCCACCUCCAGCUGGCCGGCAACCCGUGGCACUGCGACUGCGACCUGCAGCGGAUCUUCGGUAAGCUGCUGAGCGUGCGCCACCUACAUGUGGAUGACUAUGAGAAUGUGACGUGCCACGAGCCCCAGCAGCUGGCGGGCGCCUCGCUGGCGUUGGUGAGCAGCCAGCUGUGCAUGGCGGAGACGGCCACUGUGCUGGUCAUCACCGCGACAGUGCUGGUGACUGUGUUGGCAGCCGUGGUCAUGGCCGAACACACGCGCAAGAAGAACCAGCAGCUCGGCAAGGGCUGGGAUGAUGAGUCGCAGUCUCAGGAAAGGUGACAGUCCAUUAUGGGUGAGUGUGAGGUACUUCAUUUAGCAAGUGCUGUCUACGUGACAGAUGCGUUUGUCCUGACCGAUCUUGGAUCACAUUUCACACCAUACUCUCUGAACAUUUUCAUGUUUUAAGAAAAGACACGUUUCCAUCAGCAGUGAGGGUCUAUACAGACUUUACAAACACACAAAUGUGCGUGGUGAGAAAUGUCCCAGCGGUUAGAGUGUCUGCCCUGUAGCCGAAUGGUUGCCCAGUUGAAUACCCAAGAUGCCCCUGAGCAAAGCACUUAACCCUAUUUCCUACUUGGUGAUUGGUGUGUUUUAGAAUGUAUUCUCAGUCAACCAACAUGGUUAAAUCAGAAAAAUAAAAUGUAACCUAUCCAACAUUCAGUCUCCCCUACUAACCUACCAUGGUGUCUUAAUUGUAUUACUACAGUAUUUGUCCUGUUAAUUGUAUUAGGACAGUGUUUGUCUGUUUCUCUUUCAAUGUGUUUCUUCUCGGUCUAUUUCUGCACCCUUGCUAAAUUUGCGUCUAGUUGUUGGCAGAUUUCAUUACGCAAAAUAUGCAUAUUAGUUUUUCCACCAGUUUCCAUCAUACUAAAAAAUAAACUGUUAUGACAGCGCACAUAAAAGGUAAUUUGGUGUACAUUUUCAGAAUGAUAAAAAUAAAAAUCUAAAGUUUUUUGUGUUUCCAUCGUAUUCAACAGUUGCAUGAAGUGAGAAAAAAUGUCCACGCAAGUCUGUAUACUUUCAGUGUAGCCAUAAGCUCUCCUAUACCCACAGUGGUCAACAGCAAGCAAAAACCUGCUUAUUGAUUCUUUUUUAUUUUUCCUUUUAUUUUUUUAAUGUAUGCUUUUGUUAUUUUCAAAUACAAUACAUUUUUAUGGAUCCAUUUUUGUAAGUUCUUACAUAUUAGUCAAAGUCUGCUCUAGUUUAUUUAAGCAAUCAGGCAUAAGGUGGUGUUUUUUUGUUGUCAGUAUACCUUGUCUUAGAGCUGCUCAUAGGCGCAAUGCUACUAUCACAGUUAACUGUAUUUUGUCUCUUAAAACCUGGGUGGAUUGAAUCCUUAAUACUGAUUGGCUGAUAACCAUGGUACAGCAUAUGAGACCUUGUGACAUCGCUUUAUACUGCUCUAAUUGUGUUUGCAACUGGUUUAUAAUAGGUGUCGUUAUGGGUUUGGAGAUAUUAUAAUAAACAGAGAUCACUCAUGAAAAAACAAUGCGUUGUAGUAGUGCAAUCACUUGCAUUAGGGUCUGACAAAGUCCCAGGAGGAUCACAUGUUGAGACACAUUUUGGACAGAGUGAAAUUGCCAUAGGAUUUAAGGUUUGGAUCAGCGUCACAGAGACAAUGGUGUGGCAUAUGGACCUGGCCUCCAGAGCAACAUCAGCAGAUUACUGCUGUGAUUAAAACCCAGAGAAAAUGGACCGCCACAUGGGAAGAACCACCAGCCGCUCAGCUGAAAUCCCCUGGGCCGAUCUGAUCUUAGAGGAGGAUAAUGACCAGAAACUGAACCUUAUUAGUGCUGAUGUGGUCUCUAUAUCCUCAUUUCAUCUGGAGAGGAAGUGGAAAUUCAGCAUUUGAGAGACAGAAAUGUGACCCAUGUGAACACAGCCAUUAUCAGAUCAACGAGAUAACACUGACAUGACAUAACACUGACAUGACAUAACCACAGUCUACCCGCAGGUUUGUGUACUGUAGUAUGAAGGCCUUUGUUCUGGACCUCAGAACAGUGAGAUCAUUGGUUAACAUUGGCUGCUGAUGACAAUGACAUUAAGCUAAGAAUGCAGGUGUUAAUCUCCGUUUAUUUAUGAAUAUUGCAUGACAAUGAAUCACUGUUGGCCCAAAUAAUGGCAGGUUCUUGUUGGUAAAAUGUGUUUCAGGGACAGUGUUCACGUUUGCACACAUGCAUGCGGAUGCCAGGGUUUUCUGAAAGAUGGUUUUGGGUCAAAUCAUCAGAUGACUCAAAAUAUAUGCUUGAAAAGCUAAGAACGUCUUGGUUUUCAUAUACAAUCAUGUGAAGAACUCUUCACAGAAAUUACCAUUCAUUUUUCCUUUUUAAAUCAUGUCCAACUGAGUUCUAUUUUCAAGUGUCACGACCGAGUCUGAACUUAUUUUCAUAUAGACUGAAUUUUUUUGCUUUGUCAUUUGGGGGUACAUACAAGGCACAUUUCAAUGUAAUUUUUAAAAUGUCUAUAUUAAUGAAGUAUCCAAGCCCAAAAUACAAUAAAAUGUCAAGAUGUUGGAAUAAUUUUUGCAAACAUGGUACAUAACCAGUAAGGUAAAAUGAAAAAUCCAUGUAUAUUCUGAGAUAUGUUUAAAGUUUAUUCAACAUAAA